AUGUGGCAGAAACUGCACGUUGUACUGAAGGAGGAGUGGAGUGAGCUUGAGAAUUCCAAUCUGGGACCCCUCUUCAGGUUCAUGAAGCUCGACUUUAAAUGGGCAUCGGUUGUGGCACGAUGUAUGCUCACUAUGCAAGUGGUCUGUGAGAAGGAAACGAAGCUUCGGAAGUUUGGCCGCGCGCGGAGGAGUUCCCGACGUCCAAAAGUUACGAUCUUGAUAUGGAAAGAUAGAUACUUGAGUCAUGCAUCACGUCGAAGUGGAAUGAAGCCAUUUGGAUCAACUAUGAGGCCUAGACUUAUUUUCUACCGAGACAUGUCCGGUAAGCGAGUAAACGAAGCCCAUGGAGGAUUUGGAGUGUCUAAUGGCCCGAGCAGCAGCGCCAAAGGCCUUGAUCGAAUAGAGAAGAGGCCUGGCUAA